UGAUGACUCGUUUAGUGGAGCAAGAAACAUCAAACCAACAUGAGGACACUGAUACUGUUGUGUGUUGUAGCGGCAACUUACGCUCAGUUCGAGAGCGGCUUCGUCAAGAUCUUGCAGGACAAGCGAUACCAAGACGGCGCCACCUUCGGCAACUUCCGUGACCAAGAAGAUGGUAUUAAGUACUUCGAAGAGACUGAUGCCAACGGUGUCCGACGUGGUUACUGGGAAUACCCCUCUGAAGGCGGUCAAGUUCAUCGUGUUGAGUUCGAAGCUGGUCAAGGAAUUGGAUUCAGGAUCACCAACUCUAACAUUCACGAUACUACUCCCGUGGUGAAACCCCUGCCCCAAUUCCAGCCCCAGCCCCAGCCCCAGCCCCAGCCCCGGCCCCAGCCCCGGCCACAGUCACAACCACAGCCACAACCCCAGCAACAGUUCCAGCCAGAGCCCCAGCCACAGUUCCAGCCGCAGCCACAGUUCCAGCCGCAGCCACAGUUCCAGCCGCAGCCACAGUUCCAACCCCUACCACAGCCUCACCAUAGCCCAAGACCUCACACCACCACUCCCUACCCUGAGCCCCAGAACCUUUUCGAUUACCCUGGCAACCUGGAGUUCUCUCGCUCCAGCCAAGGUCACCGCUUCAAGUUCACUGCUGCUUAAAUCCUCUAUCACCUUACCUCAUCCCCGCUCCUCUUUCUCACUCAAUCUCUUACAUCCUCCAAAUGUCUCGUAAGCUCUUAAGUUCCAUAAGGGAGCUUUAGUUGUGUUAAACUGCUGAAGAGCUCCGGGCUCUAAUCUGCAGCGGGCUUUGAUCUGUUUCUUCCAGAGCUUGAUUAUUUGCUCAUAUACAGUCUUGUCCCCUCUCUCUCUCUCUCUCUCUCUCUCUCUCUCUCUCUCUCUCUCUCUCUCUCUCUCUCUCUCUCUCUCUCUCUCUCUCUCUCUCUCUCUCUCUCUCUCUCUCUCUCUUUCUCUCUCUUUCUCUUUCUCUCACUGACUCACUGUCUCGUAUCAACUCUUCCGCUCUUUCUCUCCCGUCUCACCCUCCGCCUCCCCCUAUCUCCCUAUCUACUCUUUUUUUUUUUUUCACCUCCCCACUCGCUUCUAAUUAUUUGCUCGGUCUAUAUCUGCAGUGACCAUUUCUUUAUGCCUCUGGCGCGUCUCGCUACCCUGAAGCACCGUGACCGCCUUGCUACCGUCCCGCACCAUUCCAGGGGAAAGAUCUACGCUCAGUCGAAGUCUAACCCUUGAGGUCCCUUGCUCCACUUGAGGCUCCACACUCGACGUGAAAUUGUGGCAACGUCUUGCAGAUCGUUAUCGGCGUCUUGGAACCGACCUGCCGAGUGUUCUAGUGAUAUCUAGUCCAUUGAGAAGCAAAUCACUGACGCCCAAGAAACAUUCUCAAGAUGCUUUACAUGGUAUUAGUGAUAGGAAUUUUUUAUAGUGUCAGUCUAAAACCAAACAAAAAAAGAGAUUUAUGGAUUUAUCAUUCCUAAUCUGUCAUUUCUUUCAUGAUUUCGUGGAACGCGUCAAACGUUCGUAAUUAGAUGAAUGCGCGUCUUUGCUCUCAAGACGACGGCUUACUUCCUUUUUUUUUCUCUCUCUCUCUCUCCCUCGCAUUUCAUCUACCGAAAUCGGAUACAUGGGCAUUCUUAGUUUAUAAUUACAAUACAAAGAAAACCCUCAUGAUAAUUAUGAGCAAUAGUUACAUGAGUAAAUGUCACAUAACAGAUCCCACAAAAAAUAGCACAAAAAUAGAUAUAUAAUUCAAUUAAAAACCCAAGGGGUAAGUAAAAUCAAUAAAAAAUGUAUAUAUUAAAACAAUUUUUUUUUUUUUUAAAAAUUGUGGUCAGCACAGAUUUUUGUGACGACUGAAAAAGGCGAUUCAGUUCCGAUUUCCACUAAAGUUUUCUGAACCAUUUAAGUUCUCCUGAGCGAAUCAUAAACAUUUAACGUAAAUGUAAGUUUCAGAAUCAUUCACGGUUGCAAAAUUUGGCUUCCCCGACGCGCACAAGCUGUCAACUUCGCAGUUUCUAGAUUUUUCAAGAGGGAAAAAAAUUAAAUAUAGCCGAAAAAAAUAUUUACAGAAAUCAAUGAAACCCCAACAAAAACAUACGUUAUACGUUAUAUCUAAACAACAAAGGAAAAA